UUUUACAAUAAUAAUAACUAUAAUUUUUACUAUAUAUACACCAUAUGUUUAAAAAAACAAUUUCUAUCAUUUCUAUUAUUAAAUGUAUUUUCAUUGACGACAAAACUAAUAAAUAACUUAUUUUUAAUAUACUCACGGCUUGUGGUUUGUCUAUUGUUGGCUUACUAUUGUUGUGUACCUAAACGUGAUUAUAUUUGAAGCACAGGUUGUGCUGCGGGCGUGUGUUUGUUAUAUGAGUGGCUAUAGAGACCUAAAAAUAUAUUUAUUGACUAUUAUUAAUAUACAUUAGUUUCGUCAGUGAAUUAGAAAAAACUAUUUAUAAUAACUUUUUUUUAAUAUACAAUAUUCACAGUUUGUUAAAAGUAUGUCACAAACGUCACAAUCAAUUAUUAUAUUAAUUGUCAGCUCAUUGCUAACAUACCUGAGCGCUGAUGAGGAGACUAAUCUAUUGACAAAAUUAAACUGUCAGGCGGGUGAAAAGCGAGUGUUUGACUACGAAAGUACUACACAAUUAUGGGGUCCAUUGAAUGAGGACUUCUUAGUGAAAGCCGAUGUCAUUGUUCACUGUCUGGGAAGCGAUGAAAAUGGCAAAUACGGCACAAAUGGACUGAAAUAUAUGGUCCAAAUUGAAAACUUGAAGCCAUCAGUAAUUAAAAUAAAACAAAAUGAAAUCAAAAGAAAUAAGAGAAGUGUCGGCGGAUGGUUCAAACAGGCGUGGGUUGACGUCAAAGAUUUUUUCGUUAAUCUAUUCACAAGAAAAAACCGAAAGUCAGACAAAGAAUCUGAUUCUGACUUUGACUUUGAAAAACAACCGUCAAAUUUGCAAUAUCAGUGCAAAAACAAUAAAAAUAGAAAUCGGUUUCGAAGAUCGACACCUAAUUAUAAUAUUAAUUACGAUAAAAUGUUUGCCAUUCCGUAUGUUUUUAUACAACUAUUGGAUGGUUCAGUUCCAGAGAUUAGGUUCAGCGAUAAAGAAACCGAUCCGUCUAUCAAAAACUUUAAAAGACAUAUAGCAGACACAUUUGCAACACAAUUAGACGCAUCAAAGAAUAGGAUAUUAGAAAAAAGUCCGAUUGGAUCUCAUUUUUCCGAAUAUUCAUACGAUGACAGCGGAAAAAUCGAAGAAUCUCUUCAGCAAUCAUCGGACGGAACAAAUCUGAAACUUAGUUCAUCUUUUCUAGCAUUAUCUCAAACUAAAGAAAUUAAACAAUUGGCUGUUAUGAGAGAUGUAUCACCAGAUGAUGUCAUGUCUAUAGGCGAUGGUAAAGGUAUGAUACCAGACAACUCUCAAAUUGGAGUAAAUGCUAAACAAAUUCAAAAGAUAACUGAAGGUCGUCUCACAACAACCGCCGGCCAUUUGUCACUAUCAUUGGUUAGUCCAAUGAAAAGUUCUUCGCGUACAAGACGUGACACAAAUACAAAACCAGAAAUUGAAGACUAUCUCAAAGUCCGCACAAAAUAUUCACUUUCGAUGACUAAAAGGAUAACAAAAAGAUCUACCGAUGAAAAAGAGAGUUUAGAAACAUUAAAACAAAUGGAGUCUAAACUUAAUCUUAAAGGCGAACAAAUCAUUUCAGAGUCAACAGCAGAAAAUUCACUAAAGGAUCAGUUGAUUUCAUCCAGAAAUUAUAUUAAUGAAAAACUCAAUCAAAAUACAAAAAAUAAUGAAUUAUUUAUUAGAAUUUCAAGUGAUUACCAGAAUCCAUUAUAUAAUACUUUAAUAAAGUCACUUAAUUUGGAAGUAAUUCUUAAUGAAGAUAAGACAGUUUCAUCAAUGACUCGUUUGGUUAAUAAUAUGAUUAAAGAAAAAACAAUAUUAGAUAUUUGUGGCACAAAAUUGUCACUAAAAAAUAAACAAUGUUUUGAUUUAUUGUUAAUUUUAGUUAAAUCACAAUCAAGUGUUGCACAAUCAUUACUAUUAAAACAAAUCAAAUCAGACAAUAGCAUUGAAGAUAAAAUUGAUUAUAUAAAAUUGAUAGUUCAAACACCAAACCCACAAAAUUUAUUAAUUAAUCAAUUAUUAGACAUAAUGAAAGGUCAAACUAAUAGCAAUUUUGAGGGUAUAAUACUAUUAGCGGUCAGUAAUUUAGGAUAUCAUUCAAAAUCAUUAGAAAUGAAAAACAAAAUUUCUGAUAUUUUGAAAUAUAAAUUAAAUCAAAUGAAUUGCGAUAAAGAUAGUAAUAAUCCAUUGCUUGAGGAUGUGUUGGAGGCAAUUGGAAAUCUGGGAUCAAAUACAACCGUAUUAUACAGUGAAAUGUUUGGAGAAACGUGUCAUCAGUCGGAGUCUAUAAGAAUAGCUGCAAUUCAUUCAUGUCGGCGAUUGUUAACACAUCCAGGAGUCCAGAAAUGGUAUCUCAGACUAUUGAAAGAACCAAAAAAUAGUUGUGUUAUAAAACAAGAAGUUGUGAAUGCGAUCAUUGAAGAUAUCAAUGCAAUAGAAAUGGAUGUAAAAUCGGCUAAUCGGUGGCCAAAAAUUGGUUUCAAUGAAAUUGAUAAUGUUUUAAGUGAUAAUUUAAUUAACGAGAAACACAAUGAAUGCCUUGAAAAUAAUAUUAUCAGAUAUUUUGAACGAAAACAUUCAGAAAUAUCAAAGAAUUUUUUAAAGAAAAUUAAGAGAAUUCGUUCAAAACGUGAAGUUUAUGACAGCUUUUGGACAGAGAGUUCUUGUAAAGAAUGGGUUCCACCUAAAGAUGACAACAAUAAACAGUCGACAGUUAAUACCGACGAAUCGGUUAUAAUAUCGGAUCGAAUGAGAGAAUCUGAAGACACAGAACAGAAUGUGUCUUAUAUUAAGCGCCGAAAAUGUUCGGCCACUAAAAGAUUUGGACCAAAUCAAGCACAGGCUGUCUUUAAGGCCAAUAUUGUCAAUGACGCGACUGGAUCUUUGAAUAAUCCUGAUUACAAACUAAUGGCACAAUUUGUUGCCGGCACUCACUUUCUGGGAUCAGAUAUAGAUAUUGGUAAAAUGUAUGUUUACCAUAAAAAAGAUUCUUCCAGAGCUUAUGUCAACAUUUUUGGCAAUACAUUAGUCGAUGCGGCCACUAGUGAUUGCAAUGCUUCCAAAGUGCAACCAUAUAUAUCAUCAAAUUUUAUACCAGUCUAUGACUUUAAUUUAUGGAUCGUUCAAAUGAGUUUAGGUAUACGUUUGAACGUUCAAAUGGAUUUUGAUUUACCACAAUUCAACUGUCAAUCCAAAACUGCUAAUCAAUUGAAAACAAUUAACUUUAAACCGGAAGCACAGGUUAAAGCUGCCGGAGAAGUGAUCAGUAAAGUGCUGGUUAUGAAGGGAGGAAUGAAUAUCGGAGGAGAUUUUAAUUAUCAUUCAAAUCUUGACUUUGAACCAUCGCAUCAGUUAUGUUUGACUGUCUCUAAUGGUUAUAAUCCUAUGAAUGUUAGUCUUAAUUCAUGGUAUCAGUUUUGGUCGCCGGUAUGUACUGAAUGGACUGACAAAAUAUUAUGGACUCCAUUGACAUUUAACUGGCAAAUCAAUGACAAACACAGAAGCACUUGGAUUGAAAACGAGUGUCUCAUCAGUGAUAAUAUGACUCCAAUGAAAAAACGAAUUGAACCCUAAUUUUAUAUAUCAAUAUAUCAUUC